UAUCAUAUUGGCCCGGUAUUUUAGAGAUGUUAUUACAAUUUUAAACAAAUUAAAACAUUGUUGGCGAUGUGAGAUGCCUUGCUUGAGCGCAGCCAUCGGGUUUUGAGGGUCGUGUGUUCUCCCUCGCUCGGUCUCAUGCCAUGCGGGACCCUGCUGUCUGCCAUAGCACCCUCCUCUCUCUCUAGACGGUUCUUUAUCUUUGUUGUUGUGCAGUGAUCAUCCAGUGGUGCAGUCAGACCAGACCACUGUGAGACCAAGACGCUGCCCCAAGUUCACAUGUUGUGGGUUAUUAUGAUGGGGUUUAUCGUUAGGGUGAGGUGAUGAGGAAACAGCUUAAUUAAGGGAUCAUCGGAUGGGUACGCAAACAAGCGCGGAUGAGAACGAAAUAGCGGUCCCAACAGUAAGCAGCGAGCACCGCGUCAUGUGAUGUGAAGUGUGUCUGUCGACCCUAAAGCCUUGACCUCUCACCCCUGACCCCGUGAGGUCACAGAUGGUCCAUAUCUGGCCCGACCCAGGAGACUUCCUCCUCCAUCCUGAUCCUCAACGUCAGUCAGUGAGCAGUGUGUUGUGUUCCUGCUGAACGCUCCAACGGCAUCCUGACCACCUCCUAACACCACCCACCACCUUGGGCAUGCCUCAGCCGGGCAUGAAUGGGAUGGAGCCUGCGUUUGGCGAGGCGUAUGGGAGCCGUGGCUGUCUCCUCAGCCCCUACCCCCUGGCUGUCUCCCCUCUAGGGGGCAGGACCGAAUAUGACCAGAGCGUGCUCCUGAUGCUGGGCUCUCCAGCGACGCCGCGGAAACGACCCUUCGAGUUGCUAAGCGACCUGGUGGACGACGGGGGCUUCGGCGAGGAGCUGCACGUGGAGCGUUGGGACGUGUCGGCGCUGGAUGACAUCACGCGCUACACCAAGCUGGGCCUCGGGGGGGAGCUGGCGAGCACCGAGGACGCCGUGCUGAUGGGCCGUUGGAGCGGGACCCGGGAGGAAGAGGAGGAGGAGAGGAGGAAGAGGAAGGCACAGGCCAUAGCUCAGCAACAGACAUCACAUGUAACCACGAUGAUGGUAACGCAUCUCCACGGAAACGGCAUCACAAUGACCCCCGACCCCUGUCUAGGCCACGCCCAGAGAGGCAGGGUGGUCAGAGAGCAGGUGGGACUUGAUGUUACCAUGGCGAUGGAAAGGGUGACAGAAAAAGGAGGACAGGAUGGGGGGAUGAGGGUUCCUACGGUGGAGGUGUACCAGGUGGCAGAGGAGGAGGAGGUUGCCGCAGCUGUGUUGGCAGCGGCGGAAGUCGUUGCCGCGGUGACUGAGACGUCUGGGAUUCUUACGGGGGGUUCAGUGUUGGAACACAACUACUCUCUGACCCAGGGGGGGGAUAGAACCUCGCCCUCCAGCCCCAGCUCUGAGACAGAGACAGAAGAGGAGGUAGAGGGGCAGGAGGAGGGAGAGAGGGAGGAGGAGAGGGAAGACCAAGAAGAGGUAUUGUUGGAGCAGGAGGAAGAGGAGGAGGAGGAAGGGGAGGACGGAGCAGGGGAUGAGACUGCGGUGGAAGCAGAACUGUCGAGCUCGUCAGAAACAGAAUUUGAGGUGGAACCAGAGCGGGGGGGGUGGUCCAGGGGAACGGCCCCAGAAGAGAAGGUGUUUCUGGGAGUACCGCCACGCUCACGCACGGGACUCUGGGAGACAGAAGAAGACUGGAGGGGAGGUCCGAUGGUCCCUCUCCUGGAGCUCUAGCACCCUACCUAGUACCCUAUACCGCAGAGAGGGAAAGAAGGGGAGGCGCAAAGCGAGGAAGACGGACGCCAGCGACCUGACCCCUAACCCUGUGAAGCUCACAAACAUCGGCGAACAGCUGCAGAAACUCAACGCCACCAUAGAUGGGAUGGGUCCUGUUAACGACCUGCCUGUUGUGGCCAGGGCACGCUCACGCAAAGAGAAGAACAAACUAGCUUCCAGGGCCUGUCGGUUGAAGAAGAAAGCGCAACACGAAGCCAACAAGAUCAAGCUGUGGGGACUCAACCAGGAGUACGAGAACCUUUUGGGGGCGUUGCUGAGGAUCAAGGACGUGAUUGGUCAGAGGGUGGAGCGCAGCGGAGAGGAGGUGGACAAAGAUGAACGAGGGAUGACCCAGAGACUGGAGGACAUACUGAAAGAGUCCAGUGGUCCUCUAGUGGCUGGACGGACCAAAGAGUUUGUCCAGAGGAUCCUGGAGGUGAGUGGAGGGGGGCUGACCAAGGCUGGGGCCAAAGGCAAAGACACACAGACCCCCCCUGCACCGGGAGAGGGGACAGCUGUCUAAUGUUAUCACCCCUGACCCCCCCCCUGGACCGGGAGAGGGGACAGCUGCCUAAUGUACCCCCCCCCCCAUAUCACCCCUGCCCCCCCUGGAUCGGGAGAGUGGUCAGCUGCCUAAUGUACCCCCUAUCAACCCUGCCCCACCCUGGACCAGGAGAGGAGACAGCUGCCUAAUGGACUGGCCAACACCACCAGCUCCCCUGCGACACCCCUCGGACACAGCCACCCACUCCUACCGUCCCCCACUACACUCUGUCACCUGGAGAAUAGGUGGAUGGAGAAAGAGAGGGAAGAGGUGGGGGAGACUGAGGUUUGAGUUCAAUCCUCCUCUGUUUCAGCUCUGUUUCCUUCUGUCUCUUCAGUAGCGCUCUGUAACUCCUUACCUUCAGCUAAUCACCAACACUGGCUAGCUGCUGACCAUGUGUGUGAGUCAGCUGAUCUGUGGCUGAAUGUGUGUGUAGUAUGAAUGUGUGUGGUUGGUUUAAUCUCUCCCUUCUUCAGUAAACUGUAUUGGUAUCCCAUUGUGCCUAUAUGAAUAGACAUUGCACUGUUUGUAGAUGAUAGAGAAGUUGGCAGGGGGUUGGUAUGAGGGUAGGGUAAAAAGAGAAGUGGGAGGGAAGGGGGGUGGGGGUGGUCAUGUUCAGUAGGCCACAACGUUCCUUGGAAGGCUCAGAAAGAAAUAGACUGUAUGGAACAGAUGUGCAUCUCUGACAUCUAGAGUAAGGAGUAAUGUCUUCUCUAUUCACAACAUUGCUAUCUGCAACGUUUAGCAGGCUUGGUUACACCCUCCUGGAAUCAACCCUGCUAGUAAAGAUCAGUGGGAUGAGCCUCUUUUGACCAGCGAGCGACAUAAUUGGUGCUUGCCACAGAAGGCAUAAAUGAGCACUUUGAUUCGUAGCUGUAUCCUGUCUAUUCCCCUUUGAGAAAUACCUGGGUCCUGUUCAUCAGGCACCAAACGUAACAAAAAUGACUGAAACAGGGAAUAUUACCUGGACUUCUCCAAUAAGAAACGCAAAUGUUUGUUUUUUUCCAUUGCAAAACAUCUUAAAACGUUUUGUUAGGUGCCCUAAUGAACAUGACCCUGAAAAUGCAAGUUCCUUCUCUCAGAACGACCAGAGAACAGAGGAUGAACUGUGAUCACACCAAACAUCAAAGCAACUGUAGCAGCUAAGACUUGCGGAGCUUUCGUCACAAUUAGAAGAAAGAAAAAUUUACUUUAAAAAAAGAAGCAAUUAAAUCCAACCGACCAAAGAUGACACGAACAGCUGACAUUUCAAAGAACUGAAAUGAAAGCUGAAGUGAUCGGCUGUUACCCAACCCUCUCACUCCUACUACUGCCGUUACCCAAACCUCUCCCUCCUACUACUGCCGUUACCCAAACCUCUCCCUCCUACUACUGCCGUUACCCAAUCAUUGUAUCAUCAAUCUGAAGAUGAAGUUGAAUUGAUUCAUGUAAAAAACGUUGAUCGUUUUAAUGUUUACCCUCACACAUCCUUUAUGAAAAGGACGCCUUUUGCUACCUGUAUUAUUGCCAAAAAAAGGUUGAUUUGAUACAUCAAUCAGACACUCAUUAAAUCACUGUUAACAUUUAAAUCUGAGAGGAGUGUUGGGUAAGGCUAGCAUAUACAGGACAUGCCCAUAGAGAUGAAUAGAGGGCGCACUUCCCAUAAAGUUAGGUGUUCUCUCUUUCCCAUCUCUAUGGAAGUGACUGAAAGCUCCUAUAGGUCUGCCUUCAGUGCUACAGCAUAACGCUGUCUGGGUGUUUGUGUUCGAUAUAAACAGAAAACACAAAGGGAUGCGUCUGUCCUCCACGCCUUCUGCUUCGUCUGACUCCUAAUGUGAACCUGUAGUGCACCUUCCUUUCUUAAAGGCAACAAGAGUCAACAGCUAUUGUGGUGGAGCGUUUUUGUUAAAUUUGUCGUUAAAGUUGUUUGUGUUUUGUUGUUUUGUUUACUCACAAAGCCAUGCUCCCACAAAGUGGGGAUGGUCUUUUAGCGACUAGAGAGUCUGUUCUGCCCAUAGAGUUAGAAAGAGGGCCUCUCUUUUUUUUUUACAGCCCUCUUUCUAACUCUAUGGUGCUGCCUUUGUUGGCCAAGCCAAAGGUGGUGUUGUAGCAGAAGUCCGACGUGAUGCAGACCAGAGAACAUUGUGUUUUUAAGGCCAGAGAGUGUCGUUGGUCACGCCAGUCACAAAACCUAUUUGCACUGCGGUGGGUACAACCAAACACCUUCUAAAGAGUCAUGUAUCUGCACCUUUUUUUAAUCAUGUUUAUUGAUUGACAGCCUAUUUGUUGUAUUUGGUCAUGGUUUUCAGCAACAGAGACUGUUGUUGUCUGGGUCUGUAAAUGGUGAAUAUGGUUUCUGGUUCAGUAUGCUAUAAUAUACAGUGCUUUGGUGAAAUGUAACUUCUCACCUGAGCAACAACGUGGCAGAACAUUCUGCUAAUGUUAAAAGGGCAAUGUUGUGGUAACCUUGAAAGAGCAAUGUUGUGGUAACCUAGAAAGGGCAAUGUUGUGGUAACCUAGAAAGGGCAAUGUUGUGGUAACCUAGAAUGGGCAAUGUUGUGUUAACCUAGAAAGGGCAAUGUUGUGUUAACCUUGAAAGAGCAAUGUUGUGGUAACCUUGAAAGAGCAAUGUUGUGUUAACCUUGAAAGAGCAAUGUUGUGUUAAAGGUCCAAUGCAGCCAUUUUAUCUUAAUAUCAAAUCAUUUCUGGGUGAAAAUUAAGUACCUGACUGUGAUUGUUUCCAGUUAAAAUGGUCAAAAUGAAACAAAACAAACAAAAAUAGCUUCUUAGCAAAGAGCAAUUUCUCAAGCAAGAAUUUUGACAGACUGUUUGGGAGUGGUCUGAGUGUGGAGGGGAAACUGAAAACUAGCUGUUAUUGGCAGAGAGGUUUGGAACUCUUUCUCAUUGGUCUAUUAAGUAAUUUUCCGAUGUCACCAGGCUGGCCAAUACUCCAUCUCACCAAAACCGCCUGAAAUUUCAGCCUGUCUUUUCAAAGCACUUACAAUAAAAGUGCAUUAUCAUAAUUUUCACAAUUUCAACAUAUUAACCAAAUCAAGUGUUAUUUGUCACAUGCGCCGAAUACAACAGGUGUAGACCUUACUGUGAAAUACUUUGUUCAGCAGUCUUAUGGCUUGUUAAGGAGCCUUUUGGACCUAGACUUGGCGCUCCGGUAUCUCUUGCCGUUCAGUGGAAAUAUAUAUAUAAAACACAGGAAAUCUAAAUUUUGUCUGCACUGGGCCUUUAACGUUGAAAGGCUAAAUGUUAUGUUUGAAGUGCCUACUAGAUCUGAGUCACAUAACCUACAGUACAGUAUGCCUGAACAAAACAACCUAGCAAUGAACAUACCUACUGGGCACAGAUUGGUUGAAUCAACGUUGUUUCCACUUCAUUUCAAUGAAUUUAUGUUGACCCAACGUGGAAUAAACAUUGAAUUGAUGUCUGUGGGUUUCCCCCCAACGAUGUAAUUGUUGGAAAUAAAUACAUUCACGGCAGGACAAUUUCAGAGGUGGGAGUGACAGAUCACCAUGGCGAUGUUAAGCAAUACUGUUCUGUUUUUUCAAAGAGAACCAAGCUUGAGAAACCCGGGCUGCGUUCCAGAGCCAAAUGUUCCAUUCUCACCUAUGGAAAUUCCAUCCUUUAGAACGCCCCACCAGCGGGCUAAAGGGUCAUUUACCUUCAACUAUUUGGCACUCAGGUGCACCGGCUGCUGCUGUGGUGAUGGUCCUCAAACUGAGGUGUGAAGAUGCAUAGAAACACCAAUGUCCUGUUUCAAUACUUUUUAAAAACAUCCUUCUCUUCCUUGACAUUAUCAACAAUAUGAUUUUCAAGGAGGAGAGGAAUGAAGGAAUGCAGCAUUUUUUAAAGUUUAAAACAGAGCAAGAGGACACAGGAUGGUUAUUACACAGUACAAAAACGGGAAAAACUCCUAUCGGGCUUCAAUCUGGAACGUUUCUGUGUAACUUUGGUAGUCCUGAAUGCAGCCCGGAGCACUAUGAGGGAACACGAUGCCAAAGACAGAUGGUGGCUGGAUUAACAGAAGAGACACUGGAGAGGACGACCAAAUGGACAGUCAGGUCUGACAUUACGUUGAGGCACCUUUUACUAGGGGACAGGCCUCUUUCAAAUCGCCCAAAACAACACAAUGGUCUCUGAAUGUUUUUUUUAACGUUACUCAUAAUGUGUAUCAUGAUGAACUCACAAACACACGUUGUGAUUUAAGCUCACAGUGGCUAGUAUGAUAAUCAUCAUCUCUUUUAGGGAUGAAUAGUAACUUCCGUGUAAGUGACAUUUUCCCAUUCAUUUCAAUACAUGACUAAGUGAAAAUUCGACUCAAAGUUCGAACCUCUGUGUUCCAAAUGUCCAUACUAUGUAUUAUGGAGCAAUGUAGUGGGCAGAUAGUGUUGUGUACCCAGUGGGCAAAAGCUGGUUGAAGUAAUAAUUACAACUAGUUUAUUACCAGAACUGGUUGUAAUCUGGUCCUGAUAAAGUCAUUUCUAUCAUGUCUUUCGAGCUGGUUAGUAUUGAAAUUGGAAUGCAAGCCUUGGUUGAUUGCCUCGCUCUGUGUUGGUAAAAUGGUGGAGAGUGAGUGUUACUGUACUGUGGUUAUAUAUUUCUCUCUCUGGGAGGCUUCUCUUCUCCACACACACACACACACACACACACCGUGCCAGAACAGUCACACGAUCUCUUCUCUGGCAGGAGCACUAGCACUGCCCUCCUGCUGCUUUCUGCAACAACAACAACAACUGUAGAAAUAACUAACAAACUCACAAACUGUUGUUGUUUUCCCUCCCACUUAGACCUACAUUAACUGGAUUCGUUGUUUUCCCUCCCACUUAGACCUACACUAACUGGAUGUGUUUUUCCCGCUUCCUGUUCAUGUACCGUUUCAUGGGUUGUGUUUUGGGUUAACUUUGAUGGAGCGGGAGUGGUGGCGAAGUCUUGGCAAGGACUCUCUCUACACUCUGCUAGCAUUCCUCCCACUCACUCUGCUUCUCAGAACACUGUUUAUGUUUUACCUUGAAUAGAAGGGGGGUGCCAGGGGAAUGUAGUCAAGUCAGAUCUCCACCUUCAGCCCGAUUUGCCACCUGGCAUAAGGGGGGGGGGGGGGGGUCACAGAUUGGGUGCAUCCGAACUGACUCCCUGUUCAAGAUAUAGUGCACUACUUUUUCACCAGGGCCCAUAGGACUCAGGUUGUAGGGCGCUGGUCAAAAGUAGUCCCCUAUAGGGAAUAGGGUGCCAUUUCAGACCAGCCAUUUACCCAGCUCCCUGGUCUAACACAGCCUCACACUAAAGGGAAACUAAACGAGUGGGCUCUGACAUACCAACAGGGAGAGCUAGCCGAUCCCAGAGACGGAUCCUUCCUGAUAAUACUGCCUUUAGAAACCCAGUUCUAGAAUGCCUUUGAGCAAAUCGACAACAAGGGCUGAAUCCAGUUUGAACUGACAAACGGUUCAACAAGUGUGAGCACUGUAUUACACAUUUGUAGGAUGCAUUUUUCUGCCAAAUGUCUAGGCCUAUACUGUAGUAUGUUAUAACGAGGUUGACAACAAUACAAAGUGUUCUUGCUACUUUUUCCAUGUUCAUACCAGGAAGAAUGGAGCAUUACCUCGUGUUCUAGUUGGUCUUCUGUAGGUGGAGAACAUGAUUCUCUCCAUUCACUGUCUGAAAUGGAUGAAACUGAGGUGAAUUCCACCUUAGCUCAAUCUGUGUGUGUGUGUGUGUGUGUGUGUGUGUGUGUGUGUGUGUGUGAGAGAGAGAGCUGAAGAAGGCUUGUGUGUGCUUUGUUUAAAGCCUGAAUGGGCUCGGAUGUAAGAUGACCCUGGUGGGACUACAGUGACCCCUCAGUGACUGGUCCUGAACUGAAGACUUUCUCUCACACACACACUACAGACUCCCACAUUGUCCUCCCAGAGACUGGAGGCCCUCUCCUGUUUCAAAGAUGACGUGACGCCCCGAGACAGGAGAGACGGAGAGCUCGGAGACUCUUUUUUUUACCCUAAACCCCAUCAGGACUGUCAGACACACAGAGGAAGACAAAUGAUACCCAAACCAAUGAUUUUCUAACAGAGCGAAGUAAGAAGAGGAAUGGACACGAGGAAUUCUUUUGGAACUGCAAAAAUUUCUUCUGGACUACAAACAGGAUACAUUCCAGAACACAGUGUCAUCAUGUCAUGUACAGCACCCCCCAUAUCCUUUCACAACUCCUCUAACCCCCCCCCCCUCUCUGUUUUCAAUAACCUACAAUAAUCACAAUAGUACAAUAAACGCUUGGCAAAAUACAGAAUGGAAUAACUUUUUUAAACAUUAAAAAGCAGCAAGAAAAGAAAGUAAAGUGCCGUACAAAUAGAAGCCUAAUUUUUGUUUUUUGUUUUGUGUGAGUGUACUGUACACCAUUAUAAUGUAUAUUUUAAUAUUUAUAUGCAGCUGUUGUAUUAAAGUAUAUUUUUAAGAAAA